CUAAUCGGAUAGGCUGCGUGGGGGGGUAAAGUGACGUUAUCUGUGGAGCUGUUGGUUUCCAGCCAGGGAUCAGCCUGCCGUUACUCAUGGAGUGAUUUGGGAAGUUGCCCCACUCUUGAGACUUCGUUUCUGUGACUUUAACAACAAUAGUUGUUGCAAGUUUCUACAUUCGUUACCUUAGAAAGCGUCGAAGCGACACCAUGUCCGCGGGACAGGCGUUUGCUGUUGUUGUGCAACGAAUUGAGAUCCGGAAGUUGCGACAUGGAGAGAACCUGAUCCUGGGCUUCAGCAUCGGAGGAGGAAUAGACCAGGACCCUGGACAGAACCCCUUCUCUGAUGACAAGACUGACAAAGGCAUCUAUGUGACCAGGAUAAGUCAGAGAGGACCAGCAGAGGAGGCGGGCUUGAGGAUGGGAGACAAGAUAAUGCAGGUGAACGGCUGGGAUAUGACCAUGGUGACCCACGAUCAGGCUCGUAAAAGACUAACAAAGAAGAAUGAGGACGUGGUGCGGCUAUUGGUAACCAGGAAGUCGUUGGAGGAAGCUGUCAAACAUUCGAUGGGCAGUUACCCCAGACAGUAAUGACACUACUUACAACCACAGACUGAUGCUAAGGACCCAACACACUCGUAUACCGAGACUCCCACACAUUCAGAUGAUGGUGUCACCGCGGCCUUUAUCACUACGUCAAUGCAAAAAUAUUAUGCAGACCACAUUAGAUCAUUUAAUAUCGAGGUCCGGUGCUUGAAUCUGCACAGUACAGUCAUUAGACAAUGAGAGGGUGUUCCUUCCAUACACACUCGCAUACGAAGCGAUCUACGGGCCUCAAAUACAUUUAAUCCUAAUCUGAUUUUCAGAUUUGAUUUUCUUGAGUCUUUAGAUCCACUUUUGGCAUCCAGUUAUAAUGUUCCAAAGCUUACAUGAUCUAUUUUGACACAUCUUGAGCAAAAUGUACAUUUUUGCCAACUUUCAAAUUGUUCAAGUAUUAUUAAGGAUUAAAAAAGAUUUAACAGUUCAUGCAGAUAUUCAUCAUAAUAAUGGGUUUUUUGAAGACCUUUUCAUAAAACAAUGCUUCCAUAUCGCUCUUCUACACAUUCACUCUAAAUUGAUUAUAUCACAGCAUUCUUGAUUAUUCGUUCUCACUUUGGAUAUAUUUGCCAAAUGUCCUCAAAUCCAUGCUUGAUACAAGCUUUUUGGGAGCAAUCCUACUCUUUGAUCCUUUUUGCCGACAGCUGACUAAAGUUGGUCUUGAUGGUUUGGAUCCGGUAAGAAUGUUCAUUGGUGUUGAGCAUGUCAUUAAUGAUCAGUGUUUCAUCUCAUUUGACUGAAACAAAGUGUUUUGCUAUCAUUCAGAUUACAGCACAGAAUGCCAAAGUACAUGCCAGGCCACUGUAAAGUGAUCCAAAGUAUGUAAAGUAAUAUUUGUAAUCUUUUUUUCUUUUUUUUAACUAAUGGUACACAUUCUAUACAACAAACCAUAUACCUGUAUGCACAAUGAUUUAAUUCAUACUGAUACUAAUUAUUCUUUUACAGAUGUAUCUUUCUGUUCUAUUUGUUUUUUUUUUUAUGUCUAACAUGUUUGGGAAAGUAACAUCUCUCUGUGUGUGCGUCUGCUAAAGUAACAACAGCGUUCAAAAUGCUUCUUCCAAGUUACACUACUUAUGUCUCAUACAAACAACAUUCCACAAGCUGGACCUACUUCUGGAUUAUUUUUCUCUGAUCAUUUGCAAUGUAUUCACUGUCAAGUGUUUCAUCUUUAUCAGGUUCAGCAAGGGGCAGUUGGUCAUUUGCUGUUUUGAUACACGUAAUCCCACGAGUUUCACACUGGAAUCAGCUACAUUCAGUUGUUUAUUGUCGAUGACCAAAAGUCCAAGUCGACACUGUAAACAUGAACCAAGCAGGAGUGAAUGCACAGCAGCCUUACAUUAAUAUUUAAUAAGUUUAAUGAACCUAUUUGUUUUUUCUAUUUUCUGCAACACAAUGAUUUACUGCCUCUGAUACAUACGGCAUUAAUAGCAGAUGAGUGAUUAAUUACUAAUAAACAUUGACAAUAUGUUGAUUUUGAGAUUUUACAGUACUGAAAACAAUAGAAAAUUACAACACUAAUCUUAUAACCUUGGGUGAGCUUAUUGGCUCUUUUUUAUUGUUAUGCUAGUGGUAUAUAUAUUUAGUGUUGAAUGAUCCCCAUGUUGGGAACCACUGCUUUACAGAAUUUCAAUGAUGCAUUUAGAGACGUGUACAACAUGAGACAAAUCCCUUGUAGUAUUUCCUGUAUGAAUUAUAUCAGACAUGUAAAUGUGAACUACCAACAGAGCGCAAAAGUUUUGCAUUUGAUUGUAUCCAGUUUAUUAUAUGAAUUUUUCUCAGAUAUUAAAAGACCGAAAGCAAAA